GGGCGACUCUGUGCCUCACUGAGGAAAAUAAUUAAACCUGGGCAAAGGGGAUCCUAAGAAACCGAGAGGCAAAAUGUCAUCGUAUUCAUUCUUUGUGCUAGCUUCCCGAGAGGAGCGCAAGAAGCACCCAGAUGCUUCAGUCAGCUUCUCAGAGUUUUCUCGUAAGUGCUCAGAGAGGUGGAAGACCAUGUCUGCUAAAGAGAAAGGAAAACUUGGAGACAUGGCAAAGGUGGACAAGGCGCUUUAUGAAAGAGAAAUGAAAGCUAAUAUCCCCGCUAAAGGGGAAACAAAAAAGAAGUUGCAGGAUUCCAAUGCACCCAAGGGUCCUCCUUUGGCCUUUUUCUUGUUUUGUUUUGAGUAUUGCUCCCAAAUCAAAGAAGAACAUCCCAGCCUAUCCAUUGGUAAUGUUGCAAAGAAACUGGGAGAGACAUGGAAUAAUACGGCCACAGAUGACAAGCAGUCCCACUAA